AUGGCUCGGCCUCAAGACCACGCAGCAAUGGAUGCACACCUCGGGGACGGCGACCGCUCCCCCGACCUGAGCGACAAGCUGGACCAGGACCCCAAGCUGAAGGACUAUGACAUCGAGGGCCAAGGCCGUCGCCGCUCCUCGCACCACAUCACCGCACUCGACUCGUCCUCGACGACCGAGAGCGUCGGCCGCCAGAUCGAGCUCGAGUCCGAGAAUACCAUCAAGUACCGCACCUGCAGCUGGCAGAAGACCGCCGCCCUGCUGUUCUCCGAGUACAUCUGUCUGGCCAUCAUGUCGUUCCCGUGGUCAUAUUCUAUUCUGGGUCUGGUGCCCGGUUUGAUUUUGACGGUGGUAAUUGCGGGUAUUGUGCUGUAUACCUCGCUGAUUGUCUGGCGAUUCUGUCUGCGACACCCGGAAAUUCGCGAUGUCUGUGAUAUCGGCCAGUACCUGUUCUGGGACUCCAAGAUUGCCUGGUGGGGCACGGCUGUCAUGUUCAUGCUAAACAACACCUUCAUCAUGGGUCUGCACUGCGUCGUCGGUGCUACCUACCUCAAUACCAUGUCCGAUGGUGCUGUGUGCACGGUGGUGUUUUCGUUGAUUGUCGCCAUUGUAUCGUGGUUCUUCUCGUUGCCGCGUACCUUCGGCACGCUGGCUCACAUCGCGACUAUCUCCGCCUUCUUCACGUUUAUCUCCGUCAUUCUGGCCACCAUCUUCGUCGGCAUUGAGGAUCACCCGGCUAAGUAUCCCAAAUAUGGCGAGCCCGUCGUGUCGGCCAUCCCGCUGAAGGGCACAACCUUUGUUUCUGGCAUGAAUGCCUUCUUGAACAUCAGCUACACCUUCAUCGGCCAGAUCACCUUGCCCAGUUUCAUCGCCGAGAUGAAGGAACCCCGGGACUUCUGGAAGUCCGUGACGGCCGUCACCGUCGCCGAAAUCAUCGUCUUCAGUCUCGUCGGCUCGAUCAUCUACGCCUACACCGGUUCAGGAAACUACAUGACCUCGCCCGCGUUCGGCUCCAUCUCCAACGAGGUCUACAAGAAGGUCUCCUUCUCCUUCAUGAUCCCGACCAUCAUCUUCCUGGGCGUCCUGUACGCCUCCGUCUCGGCCCGCUUCGUCUUCUUCCGCCUGUUCGAAGGAACCCGCCACAAGGGUAGCAACACGGUUGUCGGCUGGGCUGCGUGGGCUGGUAUCCUUGCCUGCCUCUGGAUCAUGGCGUGGAUCAUUGCCGAGGUGAUCCCGUUCUUUUCGGACCUGCUGUCGAUCAUGAGCUCGCUGUUCGAUUCAUUCUUCGGAUUCAUUUUCUGGGGCGUGGCGUACAUUCGCAUGCGGAGUGCUGAUCAUGGACCCCGUUUCUUCAUGGAGCGCGGCAUUCGCGGCUGGUGUGGGUUCAUUUUCAACGUCUUGUUGAUUUUCAUCGGCCUGUUCUUCCUGGGCCCUGGUACCUACGCCUCCGUCAUGUCCGUCGUGGCCAGCUACCGCGAGGGCACGGUGGGCGGUGUCUUCACCUGCGCCAGCAAUGCCGUCUAA